AACCUCUGCGUAAACGUUUUCAAAGAUGAGUGACGCAAAACGAAAUCCAGAAAUCAAAUAUACACAGAUAUUCAUCAAUAAUGAGUUUUGUGAUUCUGUGAGUGGCAAGGUGUUCCCAACCAUCAACCCGUGUACUGGGGUCAAGAUCUGUGAAGUCCAGGAGGGAGAUAAGGCUGAUGUUGAUAAAGCUGUCAAAUCUGCAAGGGUAGCAGUUAAGCGUGGCUCCCCCUGGAGGAGGAUGGAUGCAUCAAAGAGGGGAAAACUCCUUUCAAAGUUUGCUGAUCUCCUGGAAAGAGACAAAGACUACAUUGCUAGCCUGGAGACUAUAGACAAUGGGAAGCCCUACGCAGAUUCUCUAGACGACAUCCACGCCAGUGCAGAUGUAAUGCGAUAUUAUGCAGGCUGGGCAGACAAAAACAGUGGCAAGACUAUUCCAUCAGAUGGAGAUUUGUUUACCUUCACAAGACAUGAACCGAUGGGUGUUUGUGGACAGAUCAUACCGUGGAACUAUCCAGUGAUGAUGUUAGCAUGGAAGCUAGGGCCAGCCUUGGCAUGUGGUAACACCGUAGUUGUGAAACCCGCCGAGCAGACACCACUCUCUGCACUCUACUGUGCUUUUCUUCUCAAGGAGGCUGGAUUUCCUCCUGGGGUGGUAAACAUUGUACCAGGCUAUGGCCCGACAGCAGGGGCAGCCAUAUCAGAACAUAUGGAUGUGGACAAAGUGGCAUUUACUGGCUCUACAGAGGUUGGAAAAUUGGUGAUGCAGGCUGCUGGUGCCAGUAAUCUGAAGCGUGUCAGUUUGGAACUCGGGGGCAAAAGUCCUCUUAUCAUCUUUGCGGACUCAGAUAUUGAUGCAGCAGUGUACUGGGCCCAUGCUGGAAUCAUGAACAACCAUGGUCAGAAUUGUUGUGCUGGCUCUCGCACAUUUGUUGAAGAGAGCAUAUAUAAUGAAUUUGUGGAGAAAUCUAAACAAAUGGCAGAGUUCAGGAUGGUGGGCGAUCCAUUUGAGGAUGCUACACAACAGGGGCCACAAGUGGAUGAGGAGCAGCUGAAUAAAAUUUUGUCAUAUGUGGAGGCUGGUAAAGCUGAGGGGGCCAAGUUAGAAUGUGGUGGUGAACGUCAUGGUAGUGAGGGAUUUUUCAUCAAACCAACUGUCUUCUCGAAUGUAACCAAUGAAAUGAAAAUAGCAAAGGAAGAGAUUUUUGGGCCCGUUCAGACCAUUAUAAAGUUUAAGGAUCUUGAUGAAGCCAUCGAGAAGGCUAACACCACCACCUACGGUCUGGCAGCAGGAGUCAUUACCAAAGAUAUUGACAAAGCUAUGACAUUUGCCCAGAAUGUUGAUGCUGGUAGUGUAUGGAUCAAUUGCUAUGAUAUGCUCACCCCACAGACUCCAUUUGGUGGCUUCAAGCAAUCUGGGCAAGGGAGAGAACUGGGAGAAUAUGCUCUGAAGGAAUACACAGAAAUCAAAACUGUUACCAUGAUGGUUCAAGAGAAGAACUCAUAAAAUUUGUGAAAAAAAGCAAUCUUGAAAGAGCUAGUGUAAGAUUCAAAUGUAUGCAAUAUAUUUUUAAAGUAAUCUUUCAUUAACAAGAAUGUAUGUAAACAGACUAUAUUCUCAUGUACUCUAGAACGGUGCAUACACCACAAACAGACUAUAUCCUCAUAUACUCUAGAAGAGUACUGUAAUGUUUGGGGUUUAGCCUCGCAGACUAACACAACACCAUGUGGUUUGCAAUAUGGCGGUUUAUUAACAAUAUCCCACAAUGCCCCACACGGGUCACACUAACAUCCGGAGCCGGAGCCAGAUUAUCUUAUACACAACAUCCCUCCCCCUUUUUGGUAAAGGAAUCCAUUUUUCAUGAUCAAUUACUUUUAACCAUGUCCAUAUGUGUAAACUAGAAAUGUAACUAUUUGUUACCACCACAUAAAAUAAUUAUUACUGACCGUGACUACGAAAAUUAAUUCUUGAACCAAGUCUCUAUAUCCACAUGAAAGUGGAGCUUAACCACAAAACAACUUAACCAGGUCCAUGAGCUUAAAGCUUAACAAUAAACAAUUAACACAUGCUCCCAUUCAUGUUUGCACGAAAUCAUUCAAGUAACUUGGUGGGUGCCUGGUCCGUUCAGGUUGCACUGAUCUUUGUUCUGGUUUCGAACUCACAACCUAGGGUGUACUGACUGAACUGUUCUCCACUACCGGUGUUUGGCCUGGAGUAGAGACCACAACAUCCUCAAGUUCCUCGGGAAGUUCGACCUUCACCUUGGAAGACAAACUGUGUCUCUGACGAAUAUGAUCGACAUGACGACGUUUGACCUUGCCAUCAUCAUCGCUCACUGCAUAGGACACUGGUCCGUUCUUUGAUGAUAUUUCACCAGAUAACCAUUUUGGACCCUUGUAGAAGUUCUUUACCCAGACUUGAUCUCCAGUACUAAAAGCACGUUCCUUAGAAUGUUCAUCAUGAUAGGUUUUCUGACUCGUUUGACAUUUCUUGACCCAAUUUCUGACCUCAGGUCUCACUAGAUCAAGUUUGGCUCUGAUACGCCGUCCCAUCAGAAGUUCCGAUGGUGAGACUCCCGUUGUAGUGUGCGGAGUUGACCGAUAGGCUAGUAGAAAUCUACUCAAUUUCCGGGUUAGGUUGUCCUCAGAGUUUUGCAUUUUUUUCAUACCUUCCUUGAAGAUGCUGACCGACCUCUCCGCAAGCCCAUUUGAUGAAGGAUGGUGGGGGGAUGUCUUUACAUGUAACACUCCAUUCUCAGACAUGAAUGCUGCGAACUCUUUGCUAGUAAAGCAUGAACCAUUGUCUGACACCACCAUCUCAGGUAAACCAUGGGUUGAGAGACAUUCUCGCAAUUUGUCAAUUGUCACUGCUGAUGUUGACGUUUUGGUAGGGUAUACGUCUAACCAUUUGCUGUACGCGUCUACAAUGAUGAGAAACAUCUGACCUAAGAAUGGACCCGCAUAGUCCACUUGAAUUCUAGACCAUGGCCGUUCAGGCCAAUCCCAUGGAUGGAGGGGGCAACUGCAGGAAUCGAACCUUGUGCCUGACAAUCCUGACAUCCCUCGACCUUACUCUCAAUGUCUCUAUCGAUCCCUGGCCACCAGAAGUAGCUCUGUGCCAAUUUCUUCAUACGGACCAUUCCAGGAUGUCCCUAAUGAAGUUCCUCUAACAAUUGUUUCUGUCCAAUUGUAGGAAUUACUAUGCGUGUUCCCCACAUAACACAUCCGUCAUAAGAACUGAGUUCUGUUCUACGUGAAUGAAAGGGUUUCAAUUCUUCCUCACCACAUUUUUCCCUCCAACAUGUUUGUACAUAGGUUAGCACUCAACUCAGAAGUAAGUCUUUGGCUGUCUAAGACUGGAUAUUUUGGAAAUCUGCUGGAGUACUGCCCAGAUAGUUGAUCAGUAGAGUUUUCUCCCCUGGAGUAGGUAUUUCACCAACUGUGUCCUGGAGGGGUAAGCGACUUAAUCCGUCUGCAUUGCCAUUCUUGGAUCCUUCCUUGUAUUGUAAGUCAUACUCGUACGUAGAUAAGAGUAAAGCCCAUCGUUGAAUCCUGGCCGAUGCCAUAGUAGGUGUAGAUUUAUCUGCCCUAAGUAACCCUAAUAGGAGUUUGUGAUCCGUGUAGAGUACAAAUCUGCGUCCGUACACGUAUUGGUGGAACUUCCCGACUCCAAAUAUGAGAGUAGCGCCUUCCUUAUCGAUUUGUGCAUAAUUACGUUCUGCUGGUGCUAGUGUAUGCGAAGCGUAAGUGAGGGGUCGUUCCCUACCCUGUACUCGAUGUGAGAGUACUGCCCCAAGUCCAUAGGGUGAAGCAUCACACGAGAGUAUCAGUUCCUUAUUUGGGUCAAAAUGCACUAGCAAAGCAUCCGAUAGCAGCAUCUCUUUGGCACGUGUAAAAGCUUCAGUUUCCUCUUUUCCCCAUUUCCAUUUGCUGUCCUUUUUGAGUAGUGAGUAUAAAGGUGACAACACACUACUAAGGUUUGGCAAAUAACAUGCAUAAUAGUUCAGAAGGCCUAUAAAUGCUUGAAGAUCUUUGACAUUCUGGGGUGCAGACGCCUCCUUAAUGGCUCUGACUUUCUUGGCUAUGGGUUGGAUUCCCAUGCUGUUGAUUCUGUGUCCCAAGUAGACUGCCUCCUCUGCCAGAAAUACACACUUUGUCUUUUUCAAUCUCACUCCUGCUUUGUCUAACCGAUCAAGUACUGCAGAUAGGUUUUUCAGGUGAUCUAGUUGAUCCCUCCCCGAGAUUAGGAUGUCAUCUACUCUGACUACAACAUGCGGUAUUCCCUGUAGCAAGUUUUCCAUGACACGUUGGAAGAUACCGGGACUCAACGAUAGUCCAUAAGGUAGACGGUUGUAUUGGAAAAGCCCCUUAUGUGUGUUUAUUGUUGUAUACCUCUUAGACUCCUAGUCCAAUUCCAGCUGUUGAUAGGCUUGGCUAAGAUCUAACUUGGUGAAGUGUGAUCCGCCGCCCAAAGAUGCAUAAAGGUCCUCUGUUUUAGGAAUAGGAUAAUUGUCUUAAAUUGACUUUGUAAUCAUCACAUAUCCUGAAGCUACCAUCUCCCUUGACGAUGGGAACGAUGGGCGUGGCCCAUUCGGAAAAUUCCACAGGUGAGAUAGUUCCUUCGGACACCAAACGAUCCAGUUCAUGCUCUUUCUUGUCCCUUAAAGCAUAAGGUACAGGCCUAGCCUUGAAGUACAAUGGUUUCUGAGAGUUGUCCACAUAUAACUUGGCAAUUGUUCCCUGGAUAGUACUUAAACCAUUCUUAAAUACAGAUUUAUGUUUUCUCAAAAUGUUAUCAAUCUGAUCCCCUGGUGGAUCUUGCUUGACUUGAAAUAUCUGGCUCCAGUCCAACUUUGCCUUAGAAAGCCAUUUCCUUCCAAGUAGACUAGGGUAGUCUCCCUUUACAACAACUAUAGUCAGUGUUUCUGUAUAGUCUCCAUAUUUCAAUUAGACCUUCCCCUCACCUCUUGUUGGGAUGGGUUCACCAGUUUGAGUCUUUAACUUCACUGCAGUGUUUCUAAGCUUCACCGGCCUACCAUUUUUGUUGAUCUCUGCCAAUGUGUUAUCUCCAAUCACUGUGACGACAGCUCUUGUGUCUACCUCCAUAGAUACAUUCUGGUUGUUGACCUGUAGGGUCACUUCAUAUCUAUCUGUUUUACCGACUUGGUUUAUGUUGCACAUGGAAUAUAUACACUCCUGAUCGUCUGUCCUGUGGUCAGUUGACUGUAGCAUAUGUACUGGAGUUGAUUUAUGCUGUUUACCUUUUGUAUCUUUGUUUCGCAGUCGACUCAGGCAUUUUCCCUUUAUGUGACCCUUUUUCUUACAGUGAAAACAUUUGCUGUUCUUAAAACGACAAGUUUUUGGGUCAUGAUUUCCUCCACACCUAUAACAUGGUUUUUGGUGACCUUGUUGACCUUGAGACUGGCCUCUAUACUGACCUUGACCUUUCUUACCGUGACGUGCGCUGUGAUUGUUACUGUGACCGCGAUUAUUAUCACUAAAGACUUUGUUGACAUUGUUCUGUCCCUCGGACCUCAAUCCGUGUCCCUACAAAUCUAUGACAUUUUUCGCUGCUGUUUCCAUUGACAACGAUAUUUCAUAUGCCCGUUUAAAAUACAGUUCUUUCUCAGAUAAAAGACGUCGCUGUAUUCUGUCUUCAUUAACACCACAUACUAGUCUAUCUCUAAUCAUGGUUUCAAGCGUCGUGCCGUAUUCACAAUGUUCUGAUAGAUUUCUCAGUGCCGCUAUAUAGUCAGAAAUGGACUCACCUUCUUUCCUGAAGCGAUUGUUAAAUUUGUAUCUUUGCACUAUCUCUGAUGAUAGGGAGGUCAGCUAAAAAAUGAACCCCCUAGAAAACAUUUUAAAACAUGUUUUUAGACAGAACUCAGAGAAAGAGAAAUUUUGGUGCAAAAAUUUUGGAAAUCGGUUGUGGGAUUCAAAAGUUACAUCAAUUUUUGUACCUCGAAAAGCGGCCAUUUUUCUGUUUUCGGCAAAAAGUCCCUAAAAGAGGCAUGUUUGAGGCCUUAUAUCUGAAAAUGUGGUUAUGAUAUGUAUUGUCUGAUUGUUGUAGGGUGCCAAGUUCCCCUUAUGCUUCAAAAAGAAACAUUUACUUAGUUUAGAUGGGGACAGAUACAAAAAAAAUUGGCGUCUGAACAUGAGGAAUUAUUCGUUUGGACUUUUUUUUUGCGAAAUGUGUCGGCACCCCCCUUUGCUAAACUACCACUUUUGAAGAACUUUAUCUCAAAAAGUAAUCACCCAAUUUAGCCAAAUCUCCUUAUUUUUACAGAUAACAAUGCAUUUUCUUGAAAAACAAUGCCAGUUAGGGUUUAAGAUAUAUUUUUUUUAAUUUUGAUAUCCAAUACCCUGCGCAGCCCCUUUUUGAGACGAAAUCGAAAAUUUAAAAAAAAAUCACCUUUUUGAUGCAGAAAAACUUAAAAAAAAAAUCUGUAAUUUUUUUUAUCUGGUGUUUCUUGUUGAUCUUUGUAUGUUUUAUAGGAAAAUAAGUAAUAUUUCCCCCCAAAAAAUUUUUUGAAAGCAACAGCUCCAAAUAUAUAGCUGCCAAAGAGGUCUAUUUUUAGCCCCGAAAAGAAGAAAAAUAACAUUUUCAGCCCGAAAAGAUCUUCAAAUAAUCCAAGGUGGUAAUAAAAUGAAAAUUUAUAUCAGAAUGCUUAUUUCUACAUACAAAUGAUCAAGUUUUAACUCAAACAACAAUUUUUAGCAACAUUUAAGGUUGUUUUUCUAUGUUUUUGAACAUUUUGGAUAAAUCCUGAAAUUCGUGUUUAAUCGUGAAAUGCGAGAAGAAUAUAAACAAAUGUAUGGUGUAUUAGGUAUCAUUUUAAAGCUAGAAAUAUGUAGAAUGCAAUUAGCACAAAUUUGUACCUCUAUUUUUUAACAGCACCAAGUAUUUCUAUAAAAACCUAGCCUUACCCCAAAAUCAAACAUUCUCGGAAGGUGAAAAUAUCCCCCAAUUUUUACUUUUACAAACAAUAUCAUUAGAGAAAACAUGUUGUUGUUGAUAUUCUUUCACCUUUUAUAAGCCUUAAGAGCUGAUACAUUGGUUAUUCUUGUCUUUAUAAGUUAAUCCUUAAGAGAAAAGCACACAAAAUAGGUAAAUCUGUCAUUAUCUAGCAUAAGUUACUCUUAUUCAGCCUCUUAUGAGUCAUCAAAUAUGGUAUAAAUUAUCUCUUGAUGUGUCAUAUCAACAGUGAUUGGUAAACAGAAUAAAAGAUGUCACAAGGGAAUUUUAAUUGUAAUUUAAAUACAUAAGUGAAGUCAUUGCAUUUACAAACAGUGUUUAUGAUUUGUAUUUUGACUUAUGUUUUAAAUAUCAACGGAAUCACUUCGCAAACGCAGCGAUUGUUACGAAUGUUUUAAAUAUAAACGGAAUCAUUUCAUAAACGCAGCGAUUGUUACGGAUGUUUUAAAUAUAAACGGAAUCACUUCGCACACGCAGCGAUUGUUACGGAGAAAAAGGACGAAAAGUUGACGCUAUCUUGCUGCAGGCUUUGUUGUUCUUUUUUUUUGAACCUGAAAAAUAUUCUAAAAGAAAUAAAAACAUAUAAUAUUUGAACAGGCUAUGUAUGCAGUUAUUACUAUGUCAUCACACUACAUAGUGCGAGUGCAGUAAUUUUGCAUUAGUUUAUUAACAGUUAAUGUAAUU